AUGUUGGACAGAGAGGAGGAAGUUGAGACGAAGGACAGGAUUGUAGAAGCAGCUCUGUCAGAUUCGUUCCCUGCUCAUUCGGAGGAUUAUCAGUUGUAUAACAAUCAUGUUCAUGUAGUACGAUUAGAAAAGAAGGCGACUCAUUUUCCUUCAUGCGAUAAAUUUGGUACAGAAUCGACAUUUUCAUCAUCAGUGGAGGAACCAAUUCCACCAGACGGUGGAUAUGGAUGGAUCAUUGUUCUUGCAUCUUUCCUUAUUCAUUUUAUUUGUGACGGUAUUUCAUUUUCAUUUGGCAUCAUGUUUUCUGAAAUUCAAGGACAUUUCAAUGUAACAAAAACAAUGUCUGGUAUUGUUGGAUCAAUUUUUUUAUCAAUACCGUUGUUAUCAGGGCCGCUUGCUGGAGCUUUAACAGAUAUAUAUGAUUGUCGACGUAUGACAAUUAUUGGUGGAUUGAUAGCAGCCGGUGGUGGAUUAAUAUCCUUUUUCGCAUUUAGUAUUUGGCAUUUUUUGCUUUCAUUUGCAUUCAUUACGGGCAUUGGUUUAAGCUUUUGCUUUAAUAGCGCUAUUGUUGCAGUUACUUACUAUUUUCAAAAAAAACGAGCCAUUGCAACGGGUAUUGCUGUUUGCGGUUCUGGCGCGGGUACUUUUGUUCUUGCACCAUUCAUCGAAAUGCUAUUUGCAAAAUUCGGCUGGCGUUCUUCUCUUCUUUGUAUGGGAUUUCUUUUACUCUUUAUUGUUGGUUGUGGUUUUAUGAUUAAGGAUCUGGAGUGGCCGCAUGAUACUAUAGAAUACAAGAGAAAAAAAUUCAUCGGAAAAACUGAACGUGAAAAGUUACGGUUAGCUAUGAGGAAUGCUACUAAUAAUUCCAGUGUCUUCACUGUUAGUUUCAGUUAUCAGAUGGGUUUUCCUUAUACUGGUCCGACUUCCCGCCGUACCAUAUCGCUACCUUCAAUACCGACAUAUGCAACACCCCUUCUGCAACUGAUCGAUCAUUCCUUAAAUAUACAAUCGGUAAAGGCAGCUGCAAAUGAACUGCAAAUACCAGUGUCAAAAAGUUACAGUAUGGGUGAAUUUUUGCUUGCAGAAAAUGACAUAAGAAGAGGACAUGCACUUACUUUUGAUGGGGUGUAUAACGUUGGAAUUGAUACAUUAUCGGGAUCACCUUAUCAGGUUUGCUCGAAGGAAAAUUAUCACUCAGGAAUUGUUGAUUUAAUAUCCAACCAAAUGUCUAAAGUAGAAAACAAAUCAAGGAGGACGCUUCGUGGUGGUGACGGUAUGGAUGAAGUGGUUAGUAGUCGACAGAGCGAAGUCAUUUAUGUAAAAUUCGUAAAGGAAUUCAUGGAAAGCUAUAAUUUGGUACAAGAAGAUGCAAUAAAGGAACCGUUAUUAGACGACGACACUAAGGAAGGAAAAUCCGAAACACAGACAGUUGAAACCUCGGAAACUAUUGUUCCUUCUUUUACAAGCCGCAAUGUUCGCAGUUCAUGCAUCGCGACUCAGCUGGGUGCAGCACAAGGUCGAGUACCCGCAGCCAAUGUGUUAAGUUUCCGAUGGAAAUUUGUGCCAUUUGGUGUUGGUAUGUCCCGACGGAUACCCUCUGCUCCUGCUAUUUGUUAUCGCAGAAAGCGGAAGCGAAGAACAAUUCGGUUGAGUAAAAUGUGGGAAUCGUUUCUGGAAUGGAUUUCUAAUACAAAACUUGUUUUGGUAGUUCCUGAGUUUUCUAUUUUCCUGUUAAGUACAUUUAUUCUCUAUGUAUUCUUUGAUAUACCAUAUGUCAAUUUCCCGGAAUAUGCUGUAGAAAUUCAUAAUGUUACUGAGACUAAAGCGUCGUAUCUGGUAUCUAGCAUUGGUCUUACAAAUAUGGUGAGCAUGUUGUUUUGUGGAGUCAUCGCUGACUGGAGUCGAACAAGUCAAUAUAUCAUUCAAAUGUAUGGCAUAUUUAUAACUUUAGCGGGUUUAUGUGUAGCUCUUACACCGUUUGCUACUUCCUACAUUCACUUAUUGACACUUUGUAUUGGUUUUGGUUUUUUCAUUAGCGCGAACUACACCUUAGCAUCCGUGAUUACUCUUCAUAUCCUUUGCUUGUAUGAUUUUCAAACCGGUUAUGGAAUUCUCUGUCUGGUGGAAGGCCUUGGAAAUCUUAUCGGUCCAGCACUAAUCGGUUUCAUUCGUGAUAAUUUAACUGGUUAUGACAACAUUUUCUUGCUAGCUGGAGCAGGCAUAAUGAUUUCUGGUCUUAUGGUUGUAGGUAUAGAUAUAUUUAUGCUUACAUGUGAUGCUGAUCAUGAAAAGAAACAUCUGAUGAAACGUGAUAGAUAUAUUGGCACCGGACAGACUGCAUUAAGACGGUGA